AUGGAGGGCGAGAACGAAUACGAUCUGACGAAGUUUGUUAACAUUCGGAGCUUUUCCUGGACCGGACCUCAAUCCAAGGAAGAUUUUGAUGCAAUCAAAGACUGCCUUGCUGCAAACGCGGGACACUUGGAAGUUCUUAACCUUGAUCUCAUGGACUGGUCAAAAGCCGACGACUUUUGGUAUAUAGAUCAUACACGAUGGUUAGACGAGCCCACUCGACGCAAGAACUUCUUCGCCGAUGACAUUCUGGGCCUGCCUUUAGAUGCCGACAGGCGAAGUAGCGGUGUCUGUUUUCCUGUGUUACGGCAUCUGCUCCUCAGGCAGGUGUCCUUUGACUCCGCCAUCACUCGGCUGGUCAAUGCGUUUUCGAUCUUCCAAUUGAAGCAACUCAAGCUCUGGAAUUGCCUACAGACGGUUAAAUUGCUGGAGCAUCUGACUGAGGCCCGACAAGAUUUGGAACUAGAAUCUCUCGAGGUAACAUGCGGGUACGAGUAUGGCAACAAUGAUGACACGUUGGGACUGGAGUUUACGGUUCCCCCAUUCUUGCGGAAGCUCUCACGUCUUAGAGACUUGUACCUCUGCUUGCCUAUUGUGCAGUGGGAUGAGGUCGUGGACUCCGUUUGCAGUCACUUAGAGACUUUGGAGCGUGUCGCCAUACAUGCGCGAACUGUCGACAUUGACGACGAAAGCCCGUAUUUUGAGGAAGAAGCGGACGGUGACCCAACCUUUUGUGGGGGUUUCUUUGAGCUUUUCACGAAAGGAGAUUGUGAUGUCGUCGGGAUCCAAUAUCCUCCUACCUUUGCGCGAAAAUGUCUCCAGCCACACGCAAAGGACGUUUCUUGCAGACUUCUGCAUCUGAGAGCCGCAGGGGACUCUUUAACUAGGCGCGACCACGAAUUUUAUGUUAAUCGCGAGGAAAUAGACAGCUUUGCUGACUGGGUUUUCGGACCUAAUGGCUUCUCUGAGCUUCUUGUUCUCGCAUAUGGCGACUUUGCAUUCCCCGACAUACAUGAAGACAAAAAACGUGCUCUACUGCAGGAACAAUGUAGCCCAAAGGGGAGAAAGGUGUUCAACCCACUCACUUCAAGAUCCUUGAGCCCGCAGAUGAGCCUCUUCGGGAUUGGGUUCAGGGCAAUAUGGAUGCAUUGUCAGCUUGUGCUUACACAGCGUUACUUCGGGUCUAGCAGACGUGGGAGAGGACCGGACGAUAAGCAAUUAUACGGUUGCGGUUACACCAACAACAGUAUUAUGCACGUUGAAUGUAGCAUGGUCUGA